AUGGCACAGGAUGCGCACUACUACCGCGAAGUUAUCGACCUACUAUCAGACGAUGAGGGGACUUCAUCUGAGGCAUUGCCCGAAGACACCCGGCCUGAAGACCUCAACGACCUUGCUCUAUUCAACGAGUUUCUCAAAAUCAACGGCCAAGACGAAUACAACCCAAUCGACCUGACUGCUCUGGAAGACAUUCCGGACGUCGACGUGCCACCAGAUGGUGCGCAUCCACGAUUGACUGUUGAAAAUGCUGAGGCUGUUAGCGAGGCUGUUAGCGAGGCACAGUGCCUCCAAAUGGUCCUGAACGUUUUACCAGACAUUGCGAUCGAUCACGUGCUCAACCUUAUCAAGGAGCGUAUCGGCGAUCGCACACGUACGGUGGCAGAGUGUGAGCGACUCAUCACCCAUAUUCUGGACGAGGGGAUUUACCCAAAAGAGACCGAUGAAGCCAGUAAGCGCAAGAGGAAGAGGGGCAAUGACGACGAUGACGAUACCUCUGAAUUUGAGAAGGACGGGCAAAAGGACCAGAACAUUUCCUACCGCAUUAACGCUCUGAACCUCCUUAAGGACGAGUUCCCACAUAUUCCUGCACGACACAUUGACAACACGUUUAGGACUCACAAGACACUUUACAAGACAUUCGGCACGUUGGAGCGUCAGCUACAAAACUACACCCGUAUCACCUCUGGUUUUACGAAGGUAAUCAAUCCGCGUAAACGACGCGAAUUCGAGUCGACUUUAUCAAAGCGCACAAACGGCGAGGGGCCAGAAUUCGACGCGAAGGAUCUCCUAAGAGAGCUUCAAGCCGCGAGGAGACAGCCCAAACGGCGCAGAGAAAUGGAAGUGCAGCAGAUCGAAGAGGAAAAUCUUUUCCGCGCACGGCAGAACAAUGAAAUAAGUGACUGCCAGCUCUGUUUUGAUGAGUUUCCUAUCAACCGAAUGUUCUCCUGCGAUGGCGACCAACUCCACUUGCUUUGCAAAGACUGCGCUAGGAGCCUUGUGGAAAUGCAGAUGGGGAAUGGCAAAUGUCGUCCAAAAUGCGAGGCGAUACAGGACUGUACAGGAAGCUUCACUCGAACACAGCUGCAAGAGUUCCUGGGAAGCAAGUCUUUCGAGCGACUUGAACGGUUACAACAGCAGGAGGAUAUUAUUGCCGCAUGCAUCGAGAAUCUCGGAGAAUGCCCUUUCUGCGACUUCAAGGCAGAGUGCCUACCGGUUGAAGUGGACAGGGAAUUCCGAUGCCAGAAUCCGGAAUGCGGCAAGACGAGCUGCCGCCUUUGCAAUGCCGAAACACACGUUCCUAAGAGCUGUGAGGAGGCAAAGAAGGACGGGAAGAUCACGAUUAGGCAUGUCGUGGAAGAGGCCAUGUCAGAGGCACUCAUUCGGAAGUGUAACCGGUGCAAGAAUCCGUUCGUUAAAAGCGAUGGAUGUAACAAGAUGACGUGCACGAAAUGCGGGAACUUGCAAUGCUAUGUUUGCUCUAAAGAUGUGAAGGACUACAACCACUUCUCUGAAAACAAGGCGAAUCGUUGUCCUUUGCACGACAACGUUGAAACGCGACAUGAACAAGAGGUCAGAAACGCAGAAGCAGAGGUGCUUGCCCGACUUCGCACUGAACAUCCCGAAAUCUCUGAAGAAGAACUGAAGGUCGAAGUAUCCGAUGCUGUAAGCCGCGAGGAAGAUUUACGGAGACAGCAGGGGCAAGCCCGUCACCAGGGAUUUGGAUUUAUGAUGCAAGGAAACAUACUGGGUGCCCGACCAGCGGGAGUGAUCCCAGUUGGAGCGGUACAUGUACCACCCCAACACCCGCCUCCACCUCCAUUUCCGUUCAAUCCUGAGCAACAAGCGAAUGACCCCCAAGCCUUCAAUCCGCUUAAUCUAUUCGCUAACAGGCCUCACCCAAUUCACGUUGUUCUGCCUCAAGCUCAGGCUCAAGCCCCACCGCUUCUGGUGAGGGAAGGCAAUGCACAGCCGCAGCCUUUCCAUCAGGUUCGACAAGAGUAUGUCCUUCAUCCCUUUCCAGAUGCGUGGUUUGGCAUCUACCGACCUCCUAACCCGACGUAG